AACUGAACGACGUGAAGCAUUGUGCACUUUACCAUCCCAGCGUGUGAACGACGACUUUUAUAUUAUUUCGUUCAGCAUUUUCAAUCGUUCGUGUUCAUUAUAUCGCUUUUCAAUCGGUUCGGUCAGCCGUCGCAGGCAAAGGCGACUUGCUUUGCUGCUAUAGUGGAAACGCAGUCAGCCUGUCCCUCCUGAUGGUCCUGCUGUCCGUCGUUCGUUUUAGUGGUUGGUAAGCUAAGCCAGCAUUUAUUUAGUGUUUCUUGUUCUGUGGCACAUUUUCUGUACGCGGCUGCUCUUCGCGAUCAACCAUCAGAAGAAGAUAAAAAAGCAGUGUGUUGAAGGCGAAACGAAAAGCAGGCCAUCGUCAUCUCUCGCUGUAGAGUCAGCCAGCCAGAGCCACAGAGCGAGCAAAAAGUUGCAGAAAGGAAAAAAAGUCUCAUCGUGUGUGUUAUUUUUUUUUUGCUGCACUUUUAUCGGUUCGGAUUCGGAGUUUAGUUGUUUGAAAAAGUUACGUUGAUGGUUGACGGUGCGGUUGUUUUGGAUACUAUUUUGUGGACCAUCUAGCAAAGGUGUGCACGAGCUACGAGAGGAAGUCGCGAGGAGGAAAUUCUGGAAUAUUUGGUGCCCGCGAGUAUGCGAUGGCUCUGGUGACCAUCCAGAGGUCGCCUAGUCUCGCCAGUUCAACACACAGCUCCAACUCGGAUACAAGCUGUGCGGAUGAUGAAGAAAAUGCUAAAAAGAACAAGAGUUUGAGUGAAUGCUACUUCGCUGGCAAAGGUACCGCCCUGAUGCUUGGUUCGAACGAACGUCUUCGCGUCACCGGCGGCGAGGAUCCACCGCCAGAAUCCCUCCCGGCGACGGUGACGACCACGGUGGCUCCGCCGUCUUCGCUGACUUAUUCAACUGCACACCCGGUAACGGCGGGUCGGCCUCCCCGCUCGCGCUCGGAUAGUGCAGAUGAACGGGAAUCGGUUGCUUCUUCGGCCAGUACAUCAUCCUCUGCCUCGUCGGCCGGUAGUGACAUCCAGCAGCAUUUGCAAUCGAUGUUCUAUCUACUGCGGCCCGAGGAAACGCUCAAGAUGGCCGUUAAACUCGAAUCGUUACGUCCGGGACGGACACGCUAUCUGGUGGUAGUGUCCCGCCCACCGGCCCGCCGUACUCGUCUGCAGCAGUCGCUGUUGCAGCAACAGCAACUGCAGCUCCAGCAGGCUUCGUUUGCCUCCUCGCUAGUGACGUCGGCCAGUUCUACGCCGGCGUCGGUAUCGCCGGCACCAUCGGCGGCUUCCAUGAGCAAACAGAUUACUUCCGCCUCUCUGUACAAGGCCGCAUCGCCCUCCACCAGUACCAGUAUCAUUGCCAGCUACGGUGGUAUCGGUGGCGGAGAAGAAACGUUCGUAUCCAGCUUAGAUAACUGUGUUCUCAGUACUUCUUUGAAGACGGCUUCCGCUAAUGCUGCUGCUGCUGCUGUUGCUUCUAACAAUAACAAAAGUGUCGAUAAAUGUGAUAGUAAUAAAUCUAGUAGUAGUAAUCCUAGUAUCGGUAGUGUAGUUAGUGCUAAGCCACCGUUGGCUUCAGGUUCGUCAACGGGAGCUGUGUCGUCGGUGUCGGUAGCAGUUGCGAACAAAGGCUCCAGUGGAUAUAUCAGUGGAACAUCCGGCGGUGGCAGUGGCAGUGGUCGUGUAUUGAACAGCUCCACCGCAGGAAGUGUCGCCAGUGGAAGUAGCAGUGCUAGUGUGGUCAGCUCGAGCAGUGGAGGAAAGCAUCAACCGUUUGGCAUUGGCAGCUGCAGUGAAAUAGAGGAAUCCUGUCUGCUGGGGAUCGACUGCAACGAGAAGACAACCGUUGGCCUGGUGCUACGAGCACUGGCCGACACGGCCAUUCGACUCGAUGGGGAUGGUGGAUUCAGCGUCAGCUCGUGUGGCCAGCAGCACAUAUUCAAGCCGGUUUCUGUUCAAGCUAUGUGGUCGGCCCUUCAAACCCUGCACAAAGUGUCGUCGAAGGCACGCGAGCACAACUUCUUCGCCGGCGGUUCGUCGCACGAGUGGGUCUCGUACUACGAGAGCCACAUCGAUUCGGACCGGUCCUGUCUGAACGAGUGGCACGCGAUGGACUCGCUGGAAAGCCGCCGGCCCCCGUCGCCGGACUCGGUUCGGAACAAGCCAACGGAACGGGAGGAAACGGAACGUGUCAUACGCACAGCGUUGAAGGAAAUCAUGAUGUCGGUCGAUCUGGACGUGGUUACGUCGAAAUUCAUCCGCGGCCGGCUGGAGGAACACCUCGAUAUGGAUCUGAACGAGUACAAGUCCUUUAUCGACGAGGAAAUGCUGGUCAUUCUUGGCCAGAUGGAUGCGCCGACGGAGAUCUUCGAUCACGUGUAUCUCGGCUCCGAGUGGAAUGCAAGCAAUCUGGAGGAGUUGCAACGGAAUGGGGUUCGUCACAUUCUGAAUGUAACGCGUGAGAUUGAUAACUUCUUUCCGGGGACGUUUGACUACUUCAACGUGCGGGUGUACGACGACGAGAAGACGGAUCUGUUGAAGCACUGGGAUAACACCUUUAAGUAUAUCAGCCGGGCGAGGAUGGAAGGCUCAAAGGUGCUGGUGCACUGCAAGAUGGGAAUCUCCCGUUCGGCGUCGGUUGUCAUCGCUUACGCGAUGAAGGCCAACAAUUGGGACUUUGAUCGUGCGCUGCGGCACGUUAAGGAGAAACGUAGCUGCAUUAAGCCGAACAAGAACUUUAUCAUGCAGCUCGAAACCUACCAGGGCAUGCUGGAUGCGAUGAAGAACCGUGAAAAGCUGCAGCGAAGUAAGAGUGAGACGAAUCUGAAGAGCGGUAGCAGCGGGAUGAAGGAUGCCCGGCUGUUGCCGGGCAGUGAGCCAACGCCGUUGAUUCAGGCACUGAAUCGCGGAAGCAAUACGAGUACGCUAAGCAAAAGUGGUCGCUUUUUGAGGAAGCUUGGCAAACGCCCGAAGAGUUGGUCUCCGGGCACGGUGAAGGCGGUCCCUCAGCUGGAGCCGAGUCGACAGCAAUCGCAUUCGUUGGAGCAUUUAAUGGCACCGCAGAACGAGGCCAAAACCAUUCGGAUGCCGUGUGGAAACGGGCAGAACUAUAGCGUUUCGCAGAAUCAGAUUGUGCAUCUACAGGAGGGAGGCGGAAUCGGAGGGGAGGAGGUUCAAGUUCAGGAGGAGGAAAAAUCGUCAGCAUCAGUGCCAUCAGCCUUAUCCGCUUCGUCGGUACGAUCUAUUAUCAGCGAGCUGGAAUCGAACAAAGCCAAAGAAACCAGCAGCAAUCACAAGAGGAAAGGAUCGGCUUCUUCCGUCGCGUCGGCGACCGGGCUGAGUUUGGCCCCGUCGCUUGCGACGGAGGCAGACAGCAAGGACCACCAGUGGGAUCCCGGGGAAAGCAAAUCGCUGACGCUGAUCGGUGCAAAUAUUUCUCAGGAUUGUGAUAUUGCCAGUACAGCUCAAUCGGUGGUUUGCUGGACGAGUCAAAGUCAGAUAAUUCAGCAGUCCCAGCCGGUGUCUGUUGCUCCGCAACAGCAGCAACCGUUUCAGCAUGUGUCUCGUCAGAGUUCCUGGUCCAGUGUGGAUUCGGCUGUCGUCGCCGAUAUGAUUCGCGGUACGUUUUCGAGUGCUUCGCGCCAUUCGAGCUGGGGUUCGGGUGAAAAUCAACAGCUGGGAGGACAACGGAUGGCGCCGGCGCCACCCUCCCGCAACAGCAGCUGGGGUUCGUACGAUACAAGCAAUACGAGCAGCAUUCAAACCGUUGUGGAAGUUCCUAUUGAUCCCAGUGGAAGCGAAGGAACGGACGAAGAUCAUGGGCAGAGUGGGAUUUUCCCGUACGAUAAAGACGAAAUCCCGUGGCAUCCGGGAACGGUCAAACGAACGAAGCAAAAGAUCGAAGAACGUUCGUCGUCCUCAAUAAAACGCAUUUGUAGUGAGAAGUUUAACUUCGCACGUCCUAAGGAAGCGGAAAGUCGGGGGACGGACUCCCAGCAGCAGCGCUCCAACAGUGAAGAGGUACUGCCGUCUAAUCGAACCGCCCCCGUUAUGGUUUCUACGACCUACGCUAGGCUUUCGGCGUCGGCACCGGAUUCGUACUGUCUGAGCCCAUUCGGAAGCCAGAAAAAGGCAGACAAUGACCCUCCGGUUUCGAAAGGCCACCAUCGACGGUUCAGUUUUCGAAAAGAACAAAGUUCCGAGCAGAAAAAGAACGACGAAAAUACCACUCUCAGCGUGAGUGGUCUGGUGAAGAAUCUAAAGAUGAGCUUCGAAGCCAAAGUGAACGAUCGAAGCAAAAAAGAACAGAAAAAAGGCCGCUCGCUGCCAUCAUCUCCUGUUGCCAUACAUAACGAACUGAACAAGCACGGUCCAGGUGGGAAGACGCAGCAGCAGCAGCAGCAACAACAGCCGGAGGACAUCACCGUUCGCGAUUUGGUGGUUCGUUACGAAGCGCCCCGGUUCCGGGCUUCGUUCAACACCCAUCAUCGGCACAACAGUAGUUCCUGCUCGUCGACCGGUACCGAUCAGGUCGUGCUGCGGCAGCGACCCCGUUCGGUGUACGAACCGCUCAAAUCGGCACAAAAUCAUCAGCAGAAACCGCUGAUGCUAUCCCACUCGACCAACCCCCUCAAAGUCGGAACGGAUGAUUUCAGCCGGCCGUCGGUGGUAUCGCCGGCCAUCUUCGGUGGUGGCGGCCCGUUUGAUCGUAGAAUCUUCAUCGGAAGCAGAACCUCCUCGAGCCAGAGCCAGAGCUCCGCCGGAGGCGGUGGUGGACCAAGCGCUGGAAUCGCUAGUGGACCGAAAAAGGUAGUUCAACAUCACGGGAAAACUCACCCGCUGGCCAACCUGACGAAGCAUCGGAUCAAUGCUACCAGCACGACAGCGGCCACAGCCUACAAUACGAUGUAAGCAGCUCUGUCACCGCCCCGCCAGAUGAACGCGUGUUUCAAAACGAAAGUUAAUGGAUUUUCAGGCGCCUUUUGCCGAAGAAACUAAACUACCGACGACUAACCCUGAUUUGUCUCCGUUGGGGUUUUUUUUCUUGCGGAGCAGAUUACGGCUGCAGUAUUACUCGACAUUUAGCACGUAUUAGAAUAACAACGGAACGGAACAACCUCCAAUUACGGCAAUUCUAGCUCACCAUCUCUCUGUGUGUGCGUGUGUGUCUGUCUGUGUGAAAGAACUGAACUCAAUCGCACGCGAUCACACCGCUGUCACCAAAUCACAGCAAAAAAAAAGCUGGCUGAAAUGCACGAGAUCCAUACUUUCUUCGGCAAAGUCUCGCCUAAAGCGGCAAUCGGUUAACUAACUUCUGAAAAAAAAAACAAUAGAACGACCUUCGGUCGUUCUUAGGGCUCUCUCUCUUGUUGCACGCUUCGGGCACGAACUCGCUUCAUCUCGGAUCCCCCAUCCUCCCAUCCCCACAAUAAUUGACUGUUUAUCAUCAUAAUCGCAAACGAUGCGAUGCGCUUUUUUACGUGCGCGCGAGUGCGCGAAACAUUCAAAUUCAUCCUGUAAAUAGGUACAUACUGAAACUAUACACACAACAAAACUGUGCCCUAGACUGUAAGGUUUCUCUCUCCUGACGUACCCUCCCCCGAAUCCUGGCUUCCGGAAAGUGAUUCACGGAUGCAAACCGGAAUAAUAGCAGCAAGCAACUAAUGCAAAAAUGCAAAUGCGAGCCUUUCGUUGAUUGGUUAGUAGUCUUAUACAUACUUUAAGAGAAGAGAUAGGGAAGGUGACAGAGGAGGAACAAUAGCGGAAGGAGAAAGCUUUGUGUGUUUGUGAUUUAACAGAAUCCGAAAGCGUCUCUUAGUUUUUUUCUGCUUUCGGUUCAUCGCUUGCUUGGCCUUUGCUUUGGACAGCACCGUAACCGGAAGAAAAUCCUAUCAAAUCCGGUGAUUUCAGUUUUAGUAGAACGCUUCCUUUAUACGUUUCACAUCGCAAAGAUGCGGCAGACGACAAUAGUUCUUUAGGGUUCAUCUUUCUUUUUUUUUUGGUUUUGUUUGCUUGCCAUCCACCAAGCAGAAAGGAAAACUAUGUUAACUUGUAACUACUCUACAAAACAAUAGCCACACUGCGAGAAGCGAAACAAGCUAUACACUAGGUGAUAAGCAUAAUUGCAGAGCAGAGCGAACGCGCGCAUAGCAAAAACAAACAAUAUUCAAAUAAUUGUUCGAAUAUUUUAUGUGGUUUUAUAAGCUUUUAAACUGAGGAAGAACAAAACAUAACAAAAACUGUAAACGGAAAGUGUUCCCGCAAAAGGAAAAGAAGAAAACAAAAAAGAAACGGUACGAAGAAUAUCGAUGUGAACUGUGGAAGAAUCGAGCAGUGAAGGAAGAAAGCGAAAAUUUGUAUUUAAUGAGCAAAGAUAAAACAUGAUU